AUGUCCUAUCAGAACCAUCAAACUACCGGACCCCUCUGGAAUCUGAUACAUAAGAAAUGCAUGAUUCAGGAUGUCUUCCCAGCCACAUCUUAUCCCACAAAGCGUCAAGCUGCAAUGAUCCUGGACUCUGACGUGGCACGCCUGAGCAAGACAAGCAAGGCCUGCAACUCGAAGCAACCCUAA